AUGCGACCAUUGUCGAAUGAAGAAACAGAAAUUGUUUUUAGAAAGUUAGCGCAUUAUAUUGGCGAUCAUGUGAGGUCACUGAUUGAACGAGGAGACGCCGCUUACUGUUUCAGGUUACACAAGGAUCGAGUGUACUAUUGCACCGAUAAGCUGAUGCGGAAAGCAGCUUGUAUAUCGCGAGAGCCAUUGCUCAGCUUUGGUACAUGUCUUGGCAAGUUCACGAAGACGAAGAAAUUUAGAAUGCAUAUCACUGCACUCGAUUAUAUAGCACCUUAUGCCAAAUGUAAAAUAUGGGUGAAACCGAGUGCAGAACAGCAAUUUUUGUACGGUAAUAAUGUACUGAAGUCGGGAAUGAAUCGAAUGACAGAAGGUUCUGGAUCGCACCAAGGAGUUGUUGUGUAUAAUAUGAACGAUUUACCACUUGGAUUUGGAGUUACAGCAAAGAGUACUGCGGAAUGUAAACGCGCUAAUCUAACAGCUAUUGUUGUAUUACAUCAAGCGGAUCUCGGAGAGUAUAUUCGUAAUGAAGCUAUGUUGACUUAA